GGAUUGGUUAUAUGGUUAGUGGUGAAUAAAAUCUAGUUGCCCGUCAUCGUCUCCGUCUGGUUGACUGAUUGUGUAGUCGGUUAUCAACCGAUCGUUCACUUCUUGAACGAUGAGUACCCAUCAUAACACUAGUGAGGAAGAGCCCAAGAUGUCUAGGCUGUUGAAAUUAGCUCAAAAAUUCAACUGUUUCUAUCUGAACGGUCUCGUCAAGGGCGACUGUCGUCCUUUUGUCGUGGAUGGACAGCAAGUUGGAUUAAUUAGCCGCAACGUUUUGGAGCACUUAUUGAAAUAUCCUGAGGUUUUCUGUAUUAGGAGUGCCGAACCGGAAAAGCAGAACAUCGUCGAGUUAAAUCCAGCCUUUCGUGACUAUAUUGAACGUUCGGAGCAGGUCGACCGAGUGCUGAGAGAAUUUCGCCUUCAGGAAGUUUUCGUAGCAUUAAAAGGAUGGCGCAACGAGUGCUAUGACGUGAAGAGCACAACUGAAUCACUGCUUAAAAUGGACCGAUCGGCCACGUGCCUUUUUGGUGUGCGCAACUAUGGAGUUGAAAUCAACGGUUAUGUACGUCAUCCCACCAAGGGACUCUGUAUCUGGCUGCAGCAACGUUCGGACACCAAGCAGACCUGGCCUGGUAAGUGGGAUAAUAUGGUCAGCGGUGGAUUGUCCGUAGGUUACGGUAUUUACGAAACCGCGGUCAAGGAAGCUGCCGAGGAAGCGUCGAUUCCAGCGGACUUAAUCAAGAAUCUCGUGUCGGCCGGAUGCGUAUCGUUCUUCUUUGAAAGCGAGAGAGGAAUUUUCCCAAACACGGAAUUUGUUUUUGAUCUGGAACUGCCAGAAGAUUUUGAGCCGGAUAAUAGCGAUGGAGAGGUGCAAAAUUUUCAACUUCUACCGGUAAAUGAAUGUUUGGAGCGAGUUUUUGCUCCGGAUUUCAAAACAACGAGCUGCCCAGUAGUUAUUGAUUUUAUGAUUCGCCAUGGCAUCAUUACUCCGGAGAAUGAGAUCAAUUUUACGCAGAUCGUCGAGCUUCUGCAUGUUCCGCUUCAAUCGCUAUACACUUACAGAACAACGAAGGCUAAAAACCUCAACAAUGGAAACAGUAUCAAGAACGGACGCGUUUAGUCUCGUGCAAAAUAGCUACGUAAAUUGCAUUCAAUAGCCAAUAUAAUUAAUACGAUCCAUUAGCUAUGCAUACCCAAAUUUGAUGAGACGGUUUUAUUUAUAAAACAAACGUGAUUGCAGAUGGGCUAUUUAAACCAAAACUUAAAAUGUACUAAGUAGGUGUUAACGUUUUCUAAAAACUAAUCAACUUUCCAAUCUAUUCUAUAGCGAGGCAGCAAAAAAAUGUUCAAUACGUUUGCUUAUACAAUCUAUAUAAUCAAGUUCCGUUUUAGCGUGCGGGUCCUUUACAUACGAGUAUGUUCGUAGUUGUAUUUAAACAGGAUAGCGGCUGGUUUUCGUUUUGUUUUUAAAAAUUUUAUGAGCAGUACUAUAUUAAGUGUUGAAAAUCAAAUGAGGCUUAAUCUCUAUAAUUAAUGAUGGGAUAGCGAGAAGAAGAAGAAUCAUUAGCAGCCUCAAUAAGUACGUGAGUUUGUCUUUUUUAUCACACUUAUCAGGUAUAUAAGUUAUUUUAUCAACCUCAACACAACACGAGUGACUGAAGUGCACCGAAGUGCGUGUAGAUUUUUGAAAUAUGUAGGGCCAAUCCUUUGAAAGGCGUAUUAAUUAUCCCAAUUGUGAUUACAAAACAUAAUUUAUUUAUUUAUUGAGUGGUUAAGUGCAACGCUUUCUUGAAACCACUACUUACUCACACUAGUUUAUGUUACUCUGUACUGUUAUAGUUUGCUUUUAUUUAAGUGUGCGUCGUAAUAGUUAAGCAAUUAAGUUCAACAUUCUGUCUUUUUUAUAAACACAUCGCAAUUUUCAGAAGCAAAUGCUGGCAUCUUCUGUUUUACAUACUCGAUUCGUGUUUAAACUUUGCGAAGAUUAAAAACAAGUUCAAAAGAAAUACAAUAGCUCCGUUUGAAACAU